GAACGGUGAAGGCUUUACCGUGUCCUGUCGCGCUUCGGCGCUGGGCCGCGAGCUCUUUCGCCUGGUCUGCGAGAAGGUGCCGCCCAAGGCCGGUGCCGGGCUCGUGCUGACGCACAAGGAGUCAAGGCUCGUGAUGGGACGCACCUUACUACAACAAGGAAUUGGUCUCGAUGAGAAUCCCACUCUUUCCUGUACUUUCAGGUCUACUGACGUCAUGACAGCCUGGAGGGUAUUCCAUGGAACGUACCCGCAGUCACAGUUGCAGGAAGAGUCUCCCCUCGAUGGGCUCACGGAACUGGAGGGAGCUUCGUUGCGUCAGCACUUCGAAUGCUUUCCUCGCAGCUUGCGAAGCUUGACGAUUGGUCCCAUGUUCAACGAGACUUUGGUUGGUGUGAGAUUCCCGAGCCAACUGCGGCAUCUCACUCUGCUACACGUCUUUGAUCAGAGAUUGGACCACGUGCAUCUGCCAAGGAGCCUGGAAAGCCUGACAUUUGGUGACAAAUACAAUCAGAGCUUGGACAGGGUGAAUUUACCCUCGAAUCUUCAACAUGUGACCUUUGGUGACGACUUCAACCAGAAUCUCAACAAGGUGUCGUUUCCGGCUGGCCUUCAAAGUUUAACCUUUGGUGCAAGCUUCAACCAGGCACUGGACACGUCCAAACUCCCCAGGGGGAUGAAAAGCUUGUCCUUUGGCACAGACUUUAACCAACGUUUGGAUUGCACAAAGCUUCCCACUGAUCUCGAAACUUUGAUCUUCGGCCCAAACUUCAACCAGCCAAUGGAUGGUUUCAGUUCCUCUCAGCUUCGCACCUUGACCUUCGGCCCAAGCUUCAACCAGCCAUUGUCGGGGGAAUUGCCAGAGCUGCGAAGCUUGAGAUUUGGACACGACUGGAACCAUCCGUUGGAUUUUCUCAGCUUUCCAAAGCUGGAAGAGUUGCUGAUUGGCCGUGCCUUCAAGCAUAGCUUGAUGGAUUUGGAGCAGCUCUCAUGCCUCCAGACCUUGACGUUGAAUUUCGAUGCCAGGUUUUUGGAUUUCACCUUGCCCGAGCAACUGGAGACGUUGAAUUUCGGGGACUGCUACGACCAAAAUCUCAGCCGUCUCAUCAUGCCCAGCGGCGUGAAGUCCCUGACGCUGCCCUUCACGCGAUUCUUUCACAUGCAGUUGGGGGAGUUGGAACUUCCAGGUGGUCUUCAAAGCUUGUCAUUUUGUGAUAACUUCAAUCAGAGCGUGGAAGGGAUCGAGUUGCCAGCAGGGCUGCAAAGCCUGACAUUUGGUGGAUGUUUCAACCAGAAGAUCGACAAGGUGAAGUUACCGGAGGGUCUUCAGAAUUUGGUCUUCGGAAUGAGGUUCAAACAAAGCUUGGAGGGCGUCACCUUGCCCCGCAGCAUUAAAAACUUGACCCUGCCGGAUUCCUGGAAUCAGCGGCUGCAAAAUGUGGUCCUGCCAGAAUGUCUUGAAACCUUGACGUUUGGGCAUGAGUUCAACCAGGGCUUGCAGAAGGUGAAGUUUCCGGAGAGCCUUCGCAGCAUGACCUUUGGCUUUUGGUACAAUCAAAGCCUGGAAGGCGUGCUGUUUCCAAGUAAGCUCGAGGUGCUGAGCUUUGGGAAUCGAUUCAACCACAGUCUGGAAGGAAUCAGCUUGCCAAGCACUCUACAAAGUUUAAGGCUGGGGAGUGAUUUCUGUCAAAGUCUCAAGAGGGUGAAGCUUCCCAGCAACCUUCAACGUCUUACGCUUGGUGGAAUGCCCAUCCCGGUGGACUAUGAGCUGCCGAAAAGUCUUCAGAGUCUUUCGUCUCAAUUCAUCACAGUGAGCUGUUUGUGACUUCUGCUCAGUUGCGUU